AUGGAUGGUCAUUCAAGUAGUGUUGUUGGUUCUAGUUCUGUGUCAUCUAUUCCUAACCCUAGUUCAGCUCUCCCACCAAAACCUAUAAAAUCUGAGCAAACAUCAGUGGUGUGGGAACAUUUUACCAAGGUAGAGGGGGGUGAUCUUAAGGAUCCUAAAUCACAAUGCAAGUAUUGUAACAAAUUGUUUAGUUGUCACACUAGAAAGCAUGGUACAAAUGCCAUGCUUGGGCAUUUGAGGAAUACUUGCAAAAAAUAUCCCGAUAGGUUUGAUAAAGAUGAUAAGUCACAAUCAAAGUUAAGUUUUGAGGGUAAGAGGGAAGGCCAAAUGGCUGUGGGAGAAGGAUCUGUUGGUAAAUUGGUGAUUACUAAAUACAAUGCUGCGAAAAUAAGGGAAGCAAUUGCUCAGAUGAUAAUUAAGGAUGAGUUGCCAUUUAGUUUUGUGGAAGGUGAAGGGUUUUGGGAUUUCAUGAAUAUAGUUGAGCCUAGGUUUUCAAUUUAUUCUCGUAAUACUGUGAUGAAGGAUUGUGUGAAGCUCUUCUUGUCUGAGAAGGAAAAGUUUAGGGCAAUGUUUAUGACAACUGGGGUUCGGAUUUUGUUGUGUAUGCUUGAGUGGGGUAUUCGUAACAUUUUCGCUAUCACAGUUGACAAUGCUUCUACCAAUGAUGCUGCUUUGGAGUUUGUGAAGAGGAGAACUAGUAAUAAGGAGGGUGCCAUAUUAGAGAGUCAGUUUAUGCAUAUCCGGUGUUGUGCACACAUACUAAAUCUUAUUGUGACUGAUGGUUUGAAAGAGGUUGAUGAGUUCAUUGUGAGUGUUAGAAGUGCGGUGAAGUAUGCGAAGUCUUCACCUGUAAGAUUUGACAAGUUUAAGGCUUGUAUUGAAAGAGAACAACUUGAUUUCAAGGGUUUGUUGUAUCUUGAUAUUCCCACUAGAUGGAACUCUACAUUUUUUAUGUUGGAAGGUGCUGAAAAAUGUCAAGCUGCUUUCCAACUUAUGGAAGAGCUUGAUAAGACCUUUAAGCCUACAUUGACCGAGGAAAAGAAUGAGAAAAAUGAUUUGGCACCUCCUACUUGUGCUGAUUGGAGUCGUAUUAAGAUUUUCCUCAAGUUUCUCAAACUUUUUUAUGAUGCAACAAUUCGAAUUUUGGGGUCUUUGUAUUGUACUUCUAAUAUGUACUUUCAAGAAAUUUGUGGCAUUCAAAUGCAUUUACAAGAGUAUAUUGAUAAUGGUGAUUAUGUAUGGAGUGCUAUGGCGGAGAAGAUGAUGACGAAGUACAAUAAAUAUUGGGGGCAUCUUGAGAACAAUGAUAGGGUUAACUUGAUGAUGUUUAUUGCGGUUAUACUUGAUCCACAAACCAAAUUGGUGUCUUUAGAAUAUUGGUUCAAAGAUGUUCUUGGUGUUGAUAGAUGUAAUGCGAUGAAGAAAAAAUUGAAGUCAAUCCUUCACAAAUUAUAUGAUCACUACAACUCCGGAGAGAGUUCAUCUCAAGUUCUACAUAGUAGUGGAUUGUCUCAAGGUUUCUCAAUGAAAAUAGAAGAAAGUGAGAAUGCUAACCUCUACUUCAUGAAUAGGUUUCAUAAGUACCUAACUUCUAAAAGUGAUAUUGAAAACAAAUCGGAGGUGGAUUGA